UUAUUUCUACUUUAUAAUGAGUGAGAACGUUACGCCACUUGAGUUUCCAAUUGGCAGUUGGUUAUCAGUGGCAUUAUAUUUAUCGAACAAUAGUUUAAAAGCAUCAGAAAAUCUUCCCGAAUGCCAAAAAUAAAUACGAUUAAUUAACCACUUCAUUAUAGAAGCUGCGCCUCGAACAUCGUGAUGCAAACAGGGUAAAGAUAUUAUUGGAUGGUAAUAUAUCACAAAUAAUUUAUCAUUAUGAUCCUCACGGCUUCAAGAUUCUUGAUAAGAUUGCUUCUGGGGCAUCCGCCUUGGUUUAUAAUGUAUGCUGGAAAAGUGCAUCAAAGUUCGCAAUUAAAAAAUUCAUCGGAAGCUCUAGCAAAGAGGCCAUCGUUAAUGAGAUUUAUUUAAUGGAAAUGGUUAAUUCUCAUCCGAAUAUAAUUCAAUUCCAUGGGCUUACAAAAUUGCAAGAUGAAAAAAAUUACUCGCUUGUCCUUGAAUACGCAGAAGGUGGAACACUGAGAAAGUAUUUGAGAAACGACGCUAUUAGUUUUGAAUGGGAGAGUCAAUUAAGAUUUGCUAAGGAUAUCGCAAGUGCAAUUUCAUGGUUACAUGAUGACAUGGGAAUCAUACAUGGGGACCUUCAUCCAAAUAAUAUCUUAAUAAACAAAGGAACAAUAAAAAUAGCGGACUUUGGAUGUUCAUAUCUAAAAGGAUCAAACCGUAAUACUCAAGUACAAGGUGUAAUACCUUACAUGGAUCCCAAUUUUUUUGAGCAAAGACUAUGUUCGUCCGAAACUCAAAGACAUCCAUAUCCCUUAGCCGAAAAGGCCGAUAUAUAUAGUCUAGGGGUAUUAUUCUGGGAAUUAACAAGUCGUAAAAUGCCUUUUGAUUUUGAAACAAAAAACAAUGACCCUUUCGAAAUUAUUAAAAUCAAGUCGAACAUCCUUAAGGGUAUGAGAGAAAAACCUUCUCCAGGCACAAACCAUAAAUUCGUUGCGCUGUAUGAAAAGUGUUGGCAACAUAAACCAGAUGUAAGACCAGAAAUUCGCCAAGUAAUUUUAGAACUCAAUAAUAUUGAACCUUUGGUUGUAUCGGAAAAUUUUGGUUUUAAAGAAAUCGAAACAAUGGAAAAAUCAGGAACAUUAGAAAACGAUGAAGUUAACGUACCGAGUUAUGACUGCGAUAUAAACAAGUAUAAUUUAUAGAACAUUCAAUUAUGAUGUAUUUUUUUAUUCGUAUCAUUUGCAGACAUGUCUUUAUAGUUGAAUAAAUUAUAGAUUAUUUCCAUGUUUAUGGUAAUAGCUUUCCGAUUUUAUCACAUGAAUUUUGCCGAUCAUUUUGAAAAGUUCUACACACUAAUAUAUUCUCAAUCAAUUAAAUCUAAGUGGAGUUACUCUCGCUAUAAUCAUAUUCUACUAUAUAGUCAUACCGGUUAGAUGUUCAAAGUACUUAUUAUUAAAAUCUAUCCUAUAAAGUCAAAGGAUAAAAUAUAAAUGUCCAAUCAGUUCAUAUUUAGGCCAAUUAAAUUUUUUUAUUUGGAGUAAUUACUAUGUACCACCCGAACCGAUGAAGAAUUAUUUGAGUUAUAUAAAGAAGAUGCAUUCAAUUCACUGACAACUACUUUCACUGACAAACGUUUUGCUAACAAGCACUUCCCCGUUCAAACUUAUUAAAAGAGACGAUUUACAAAUGAA